UCCCAGCUUGCAGCGCUGCGCGGCGGCCGAGCCGGCAGCGGGCCGCCUCUGGCAGCCCCGGGCCAGGCGCCCCCGUCCCCAGCAGCGGGGGUAAGAUGGCGCUGAAGAGGAUCCAGAAGGAAUUAACUGACUUGCAGAGGGACCCCCCUGCCCAGUGCUCCGCAGGACCUGUGGGAGAUGAUUUGUUCCACUGGCAAGCCACCAUCAUGGGCCCGAAUGACAGUCCUUACCAAGGAGGCGUUUUCUUCCUGACCAUCCACUUCCCUACCGAUUAUCCUUUCAAGCCCCCAAAGGUUGUUUUCACAACCAGAAUUUAUCAUCCCAACAUCAACAGCAACGGCAGCAUCUGCCUUGACAUCCUACGGUCCCAGUGGUCUCCAGCACUGACUGUGUCAAAAGUUCUCUUAUCCAUCUGUUCUCUGCUCUGCGACCCCAACCCUGAUGACCCUCUGGUGCCAGAAAUAGCCCAUACCUACAAGGCUGAUAGAGAGAAGUACAACAGACUAGCAAGAGAGUGGACACAGAAAUAUGCUAUGCAGAACAGAAGAUAUGGAAACUUUUAACAGGAGAUGUUUGUUCAGGUGCGAGCACUCCAGUAAAGGGACCCAGGCCCCAACCUAUCUCACCAGCACCCUCACAACAGCAGCCUGGUGCCAUGCAGGCAGGCACACUGGCUCCUUCAGGCCUGGUGAUCUUCCCAGCCAGUCUGCUGGCCUCAUCAUGACCACCAUUGGGGUUUCUCUUCUGUUGGCAGAGGGAUUUUAUUAAAAACAAAAAUAAAAAGCUACAGAAAAUCUGCAAACCCUCUGUCAAACCAAAUAGUGAGUGGUUUCUUGACUUUCCUAAAAAACGUCACAUCUCCAUAUUACCCCAUCUCCACCACACUUCUCUCAGGCUUCUAAUCCUUACUGUCAGAUAGGCCCCACUUGAGCUGUCCAGCUCCCUGCAACAGAGCUCACCUCUGGGUACACGGGCUUGGCUGGGCUCCACUUUAAGAGGUAAUGACAGAAUAGCCCUCUCAGAGCCUGCCUCUCACCUAUGCUGCCCACGCCCGCCGCGCCCAUCCCCACCCCCCGCCCCCCGCACAGUAGCUCAAGGGGCUAGUCAUGGGGAAUGUCCAUCACCGCUGGCUGGUCAUUACUUUCUAAUGACUGUAGGUGGCUUUAUCCAGGCAAUGACUGAGCAAUUGCCAAAUGCAAGGUGUGAAGGGGAGGGGAAAGGAAAAGAAUUAUACAAAGAAAAUGUGGUUGCUUUCUGGGAGUUCACUGGAACUACACAGGCCUCAGGAAGGAGCUAAAACUAGGGUAGGGCCUGAUGGAUGGACAGGGAGGAGGGUCCUACAGGCAAAGGACUGUGUUCCCCAACAAGCACAGCACAUUCUGGGAGCUCACUCAGCAACCUGGUGACACUCCCGCACAUGGCCCUUCUGAAAUUGGGGCCCUGUUACCUUCUGAGUGGCACAGGGCUCACCUUUCUGGAGAAUCAUUGAAGGCAGAGGAGUGCAGGAUGAACAGCAAUUUUCAUAUUAAGUGGAUGGCAUAGUUCAUAUAAGCUGGUGUGUAAAACCAUUUCGCACCCUAGACUCCCAGGGAAACAAGCACCAUCACUGGGCCAGGGGCUUUGCAGGGGCAAGGACAUGGGCACAGAGCUGCAUCUGUCCCUCUAUCCACAUGAAGAACGAAAUGACAUUAGUCCCGGGCCCAGCCUCAUCUCAAAGCUUGUUCCCAGGAGCAAUAAUGACCUGGCCAGGGCACUAGAAGGCCAGGCGUGCUCAAUGGGCAAAAUGAUCUACCAGCUCCAGAAAUAAGGAUGCAGAUGGAGGCAUGGGCUGUAAAGUUGGGGGUGGCAGAGGCAAGGGAUGAAAGGCUAACUAACCUUCUGAGGGAACUUGGCUAGUUCUUCUGUGUCAAAUAUCCAGCAGUAGGAAUAACCUGGUAGUCCAGUGGUUAGCAGUCAGUGCUUCCACUGUAAGGGUCACAGGUUCAAUCCCUAGUUGGGAAACUGUGAUCGCCCAUGCCAUGUGACCAGAAGCAAGCUCAGGACACCAUCCUGGAACAGGAGGAACUAACAAUAACUUGUCAACAUCUUUGGGUUUAAAAUGUUGGCAGAGUUGUAGUUAAACUGCAAAAUCCCCAUCACCUGUACCUUCUGUUCCCUUUGAACCUUCUAGAAUUUCUGCUGACUUCUUGCUGUGGGCUGAUCUGUCUACAACAGGGAGCUUGGCUGAUGCACACAUGCCUCCAGGUCUUUGAAGUCAAGGCUUCAGUAAGACUUGAGAACCUAGAAGCCCUCACAGAAAGAGCUAUGUGAGCAGCAAGUGUGCCCUCUCUGUAAAGGGUUAGGAUGGCAGCAAAGAGCAUUGCUUCUCCUGAAGGAGGUGGUUUUGCCCUUUCUGUGAGACACCACAUACUGACUUGUGGCAGCCCCUCGUAGCCAAGCCUUAAACGACAAGCAGACCACAUUGGCGAUUCCCUCCCUACCUGCGGGCCUGAGUCACAGAUCAAGCUCAGGAUUGCAGCCUUCCCACCUUUCUAUACUUGCCUGCUUACCCUCUGUUUAAAUCAUAACAAGGAUUCAACUAGGAAGCUUUGGGGGUUUUUGUUUUGUUUUUAAUCUCUCAAGAUGUGAAGUAUUUGUUUACUGGAUUCCACUUACCAUGCAACAUAAACAAGUUUUCUUUUUAGGGCAGGAAAACCAAUGAUUUCAUUUCUCCCUUUCUGUAGUAAUGUGGCCAUGUGUGGCUGGAGCAUAGAGAUGUAAUCCUAGUGGUUUUUAAGAAAAUUAUUUUCUUGUUAAUUGACACUUCUGUGGAUGAAGACUUUGAAUAAAAACCUAUUAUUU